AUGUCUAAACGCCAGUAUUCAGAUCGGUCCUCUUCACCUGCGAACGUAUCAAGAAAACUGGCUUGCAUACAUAUCGAAAGAUAUUCUAAGCAAGGUUCGCCGGUAGCAAAGAUUGAAUCUUCUGCUUUCAAGAGACAGGUCUCUAAUUCUACACUUUGUUGUGACUGGUGUGAGACUGGGAUCCCAAGAGUUUGGGUUUGUCUAGUCGAUGUCGCACCGUUGUUUGUAGUAGUAGUAGUUCCAGGUCUCAUAUGCGUGAACAUCAUGAUUCCACAUACAAGCUGUGCGAUUGCAUUAAAUCCAUUUAAUGAAGAUCAAGAAUUCUCUCAAGAAACGCGAAAUUACUUGAAAACUGUUGUGAGAUGCCUGCAGGUCAAACGAAAUAAAUCACAACAUUCAAUAGAUCAAUUGACAACUGAUGUUCCUGGUCUGGUUGGAUUAAAAAAUCUGGGAAAUACUUGUUAUGCAAGUGCUGCUCUCCAAUGUUUAUCCAAUACCCCAGCAUUGAUAAAUUAUUUCAACUAUUGCAAUGCAUAUAUUCCACGAAGUCUUAAUAUUCAUACAAAGAAUUCCAAGUAUCGAUUGGCUGAACCUUUUAGUCAAUUUAUAGAAGCUAUGUGGAGUGGUACUAGUCCGAUUUUUGCUCCAAUUCGGUUGAUUAAUGAGAUCAAAAGGCAUAAUAAGAUUUUCCAAGGUCAUUCACAAGAGGAUUCUGCGGAAUUUCUUCAUGUUAUUUUAGAUAAACUUCAUGAAGAAUUGCCGUAUCCACAAAACAUGCUAAAUUAUUCACAAACAAAUGGCAACACCAAUAAUCGCGUACAUGUAAAAUUUUCUCCAUUGACGGUUGCUGGUGUUAAUGCUAUGAUGGAUGAUCAUUAUGCGUGUGGAAUUUCACCUUCAACAUCUUCGACUUCUUCGACUAUUACAUUAAAACAUUAUGAAAGAUUUCAAAGACGUAACUCUUCACCGACUAGCAUAAUUAGUGAUAUAUUUCAAGGUGUCUUAGAAAGCAAAAUUAAAUGCCUUCAUUGCAUGAAGGAUUCUAUAAAAGAAGAUUACUUUUAUGUUCUUCCGAUUCAAAUUGUUAAAAAAUAUAAACUUAGAUCACAAGAAAAAAAUUUAAAUGGUGCUUUAAAUACAUUUAUAGGUUCUAUGGGUGAUUUUUUAGGUAUUAGUGGACGAACAGUAAAAUUGCAAGAUUGCCUUGCUGCAUUCUGUGCCACAGAAAAUCUUACUGGUGAAGAUAGAUACAGAUGUGAUGGAUGCAAAUCCUUGAAUGAUUGCCAAAAAAUGCUAAGAAUAACGCGGUUGCCAGAGUCACUAUGUAUACAAAUUAAGCGAUUUCGUUUCGAAUCUUAUUUUUCAUCGAAAAUUGCCACACAUGUCCAAUUUCCAAUGGAAGGUUUGGAUAUGAGUCCUUAUUGUAAGGGAACAAAUGAAUCAUCUGAUAAUUCAAAAUAUAGUUUAUAUGGAUUGAUUAAUCAUCGUGGUGUGAUUGGAGGUGGCCAUUAUGUUGCAUAUGUUAAGAAUCCUAUUGAUGGAAAUUGGUAUGAAUUUGAUGAUACGUAUGUUACAAGAAAGUCUGCGACUGAGAUAUCUCGAUUGGAAGCGUAUGUAUUAUUCUAUAAAAAGACAAAUCCCGAGAAAGAACAAGAAAGGCAAGAUAUCCUUUCACAAAUAAGUGAUCCCGGUCCGAUAGCUAAUUAUGAUUUCAUUUGUUCACAUGGAGGUGUUAAAUGGAGACUUUAUCAUAAGCUUCAUGAUAUGGUUGUAAGGAUACCCUUCAAUGUUUAUACUUUAUUAAUGGAGAGAUAUGGUACAGAUGGAAGUCCACCUUUCCAUGCAGACGAUUACGGGCGCGCUGGAUGCAAAAUAUGCGAGCAAGAAGAAAGAAUUUUAGACCAAAGGCGUCGUAAAGAAGCUCGUGACAUUAAUCAAAUAGAUACUAGCGUAAUAAGUCAUGGUCCAUUACCUGGUGCAAUUGAUAAUACAACUUUUCUUCAGGAAGAUGGGAGACCAAAACCUGGUAUGAAAAGAGCAACCGAUUAUAGGGCAGUGAAUGCUAAUGUUUGGAAUUAUUUUGUACAUGCUUAUGGUGGUGGUCCCAUAUGUAUUCGGGGUACAAUCGAUCUUUACUCUUCUCCUUAUUCGUUAUAUUAUAACGGAAACUAA